CAAAGUUCCGGCUUGUGGUACCAGAAAGGACUUCUCACAUCAGAGCUCCACGACCUAUUUGUGCAUGCGCCCCCGGCACCUAACUCUGUCAUCAAUCAGUGCGCCCGAGAAGCAUAUGCACGCGCCACUGGCACGGCUACUGCCUCCUCUGAAGGAAGAUGCCAUGCGCCUGGUCCGGAGGAUGACUGCCCCAUCUGCUACGAGAGCAUGCAUGGUGCAGACGGGAACACCCUCAUUUGGUGCGAGACUUGUUCAAACAAAGCGACAGUGUCGGAGGGCUACAUUAACCUCAGUGCCAUUGCGGGUUUUAAUCAAGAGCAUGAUACCAGCUCCUGUGCGUCUAUUUCCACUACUUCCAAUCUCUUCGGACUUUCGCCUCACAGCCCCUUUCACCUUUUUUCAUAA